AUGGAGUACGUGUUAGUGACGGGAGGAGCGGGUUAUAUCGGUUCGCAUACCGUCGCAGAGCUGCUUGAAAACGGUUACAAUUGUGUCGUGGUUGACAAUCUUUCGAAUUCGUCUUAUGAGUCUAUUGCAAGACUGAAAGUGCUAAUGAAGCAUGAUAUUCCAUUCCAUCAAGUCGACAUACAGGAUGAGACCGCUCUCGACGCUGUUUUCGGAAAAUACAAGAUCGACUCGGUAAUCCACUUUGCAGGGCUCAAAGCUGUGGGAGAGUCGGCUCACAUUCCUUUGAGAUACUAUCAUAACAAUAUCAUGGGUACCAUCAGUUUACUCGAAGUCAUGGAGAAGCAUGGUGUACACAAGCUGGUCUUCUCGUCGUCUGCGACGGUCUAUGGCGAUGCCACUAGGUUUCCAAAUAUGAUUCCAAUUCCAGAAGAGUGUCCGACGGGACCCAUCAAUCCGUAUGGAAGAACCAAACUAACCAUCGAAGAGAUCUUGAAGGAUCUGUAUGCCAGCAAUGUACAAAUCUGGAAAUUCGCGAUCCUGAGAUAUUUCAAUCCCAUUGGCGCCCACUUCUCAGGGCUCAUUGGAGAGGAUCCCCUUGGCAUACCUAAUAAUCUUCUUCCUUUCAUGGCGCAGGUAGCCGUUGGGAGGCGAGAAAAGCUGUUUGUUUUUGGCAAUGACUACGAUUCUCGCGACGGAACGCCAAUAAGAGACUACAUCCAUGUCGUUGAUUUGGCCAAAGGACACAUAGCUGCCCUGAAGUACCUUGACAAGAACAGCCACACCGGUCUUUGUCGGGAAUGGAACCUGGGCUCUGGCACUGGGUCCACGGUGAUGGAGGUUUACAAGGCUUGUUGCCAGAGUAUCGGCAAGGACAUUCCGUAUGAGAUAGUGGGCCGGCGCGCAGGAGACGUUUUGAACUUGACAGCAAAACCAGACAGAGCCAUGAACGAGCUCCAUUGGAAAACUGAACUCGACGUCAAGAGGGCCUGCGAGGACCUGUGGAAAUGGGCCACGGGAAAUCCUUACGGCUAUCAGCUCGAAAAUGUCACCUCGGCGUUUUUCAGCAAGGAAAAAGUCCACGAAUCAAGAGUUUUGACUGUGGGAGAGGGCACUUCUUUUGAGGUGUCCGUUGCAAAUAUUGGUGCGACACUGGUCGAUCUCAAAAUCGAUGGAAAAUCCGUCGUUCUGGGACUGAAUGACGAAGAGGAAUAUUGCAGGCCCGAAAACCCAUACUUCGGGGCUACUAUUGGGAGGUACGCAAACCGCAUUCGAAACGGAGAGUUUGUUCUUGAUGGAAAGAACUACAAGCUAACAAAUAACGAGAAGGCCAGCGUUUGCCAUUCGGGCAUUCAAUCAUACCACAAGAAACGGUUCCUGGGCCCUUUAGUACAGAACACACAGAGAAAUGAAUUCGUGGCGAAAUUUCUGUUGAUUGAUGCAAAGACAGAGAUUCCAGGUGAUGUCCAUGUUACCGUUACAUACCACGUAAACACCGAAGCAAAGGAACUUUCCAUCGACUACGAAGCCGAACUUUUGAACGGAAACAGCACGAUAAUAAAUUUGACCAACCACUCUUAUUUUAAUUUAAAUCUGGACCAGGAAAAAACAGUCGAGAAUACUGAGAUUGUGCUUGUUGCUGAUAAAAUCCUGGAUGUUGAUGAAAGUGGUAUUCCAAACGGAGAAUUGACAGAGUUACACAGUCAAGGAAAUGGAAAGGUCAUAAAACUGAAUAAGGGGAUUCCGGCCUACGACUCCUGUUACGUCACUGCCAACAAGUCGUCGAUUAACACUCGCUCUCACAGCCCAGCUAAAAUAUUUACAGCUUAUCAUAAAGCCUCGAAACUUCAGCUUGACAUUUUUGCUACUGACCCAACAUUCCAAUUUUACACAGGUGACUUUAUCAGCCAUCCUGACUUUGCACCAAGGGCUGGCUUUUGUUGUGAACCGGGGAGGUUCAUUGACGCGAUCAACAUUGAUCCGUGGAAGAAUGCUGUCAUACUAAAUAUUGGCGAAAAGUACGGUUCGAGAAUAAUCUAUAAAUUUCGAACUCGAUCAAAUGCUUCAUAUUGGGAGAGUAGCAUUUAA